GUUUAUGCGAGUGUACAAUUCUCUUCAGUCUUCUAAACGCUCUUGCCACGCAAAGAUCGCGCUUUAGAUCCCUGGUCAACGAUUCACGAUACGUAAACGGAUGGACAAGUGAUUAGUGAUUAUGCAUUGCACAAAGAACAGUUUUGUCAACAACAACGAUGGCGUGGAAGGCUCCUAUAGACUUUCUGUCAUUUUUCACAGUCAACGAUUGUCAUCGAGGAGAAACCGUUAAAGAGAGCUCAAUGGGAUGGUAAACUAGAGUUUCUAAUGUCUUGCGUGGCAUUUUCGGUCGGUCUUGGAAAUAUAUGGAGAUUUCCUUACACUGCCUACGAAAAUGGCGGUGGUGCAUUCCUGGUGCCAUACAUUAUCGUACUGUUCAUUAUUGGAAAACCGAUUUAUUACAUGGAGAUGAUAUUAGGACAAUUUAGCAGCAGAUCUUGCAUACAGGUUUGGUCCAUCUCACCCGCCUUCAGAGGCAUUGGGUACGGCGUGACCGUUUCCGUUUUCUCGGUGGUCACUUAUUAUUGCUCCCUGAUGGCGUUGGCGAUAUUUUAUCUGUUGGCUAGCUUUCAAUCGGUUCUUCCAUGGGCGUUUUGCUGGGAAGAAUGGAAAAACAUCUGUUUCGACAGCAGUUCGGGCAACAACGAAGCGAGAAAUGUUAACAAAAGUAGCUCGGCCGAUUUGUACUUCCGCAAAGUGGUGCUCAACGAGGCUGGAAUACACGAAGGAUUAGGGGAUCCAUCGUGGAAAUUGGUCCUCGCAUUGUUCGCCAGUUGGGUGUUCAUUUUCAUAGUGCUUAGCAAAGGCGUGAAGAGCAGCGGGAAAGCGGCCUAUUUCCUUGCUUUGUUUCCAUACGCGAUCAUGAUAGCUCUUUUAAUCCGGGCAGUGACGCUGGAGGGAGCCGGGGACGGUAUAAUAUUCCUUUUCAAACCAACUUGGGAGAAGAUCUUCGAUCCAUCGGUUUGGUACGCGGCUGUCACUCAAUCCUUCUUCUCUCUUGGAGUUUGUUUCGGCGCUGUUAUCAUGUAUUCCUCAUACAAUCGUUUCGACCACAACGUAUUGAGGGAUUGCACGUUAGUGACAACCAUGGAUCUAAUCACGAGUUUAAUAGCAGGAACGACAAUUUUUGGGAUUCUGGGCAAUCUAGCCCACGAAACUGGUAGAAACGACAUCUCAACGGUGGUUCGUGCCGGUACAGGGUUAGCUUUCAUCUCUUAUCCGGAAGCGUUAGCUAAAUUCACCGUUGUUCCUCAAUUAUUCGCCGUCCUGUUCUUCCUCAUGCUGUUCGUCCUGGGAAUCGGCACCACUGUGGCCUUCACCGCGGUCAUUAGCAGUGUCAUCAAGGAUAGGUUCCCCAGUUUCCAAGAUUGGAAAGUUGCUGGUGGCGUUUCUUGCGCUGGUUUCCUGAUUGGGAUCGUUUAUUGCACGAGAGGUGGACAAUACAUCUUGAACUUGGUGGAUUAUUUUGGAGGAACGUUCAUCAUAGUGUUUCUGGCUUCCUUUGAGGUUAUCGCAAUUUCUUGGAUAUACGGAAUCGAUAAUUUUUUGGACGAUACUGAAUUCAUGGUGGGCAGCAGACCUUCGAUUUACUGGAGAUUCUGCUGGUGCUUCUUAACCCCAUUGACACUUUUCUCGAUCCUCAUUUACUUUCUCAUUGAUCUUACUCCUAUCAAGUACAAUGGAGAAUACUAUCCAACUUCUGCCUACGUGUCUGGUUGGAUGCUUUUGGGAUUGGGAGUGAUCCAACUUCCCAUCUGGAUGAUCGUCAACAAAUUAAAACAGAGCGAAGGAAAAUCUUGUUUGGAUAUUUUUAAGUCUAGUUCCGAUUGGGGACCCAAAGAUCCGAUAAAGUACAAAGAAUGGAAAGAGUUCAAAGAUUCGAAGAGGAUGGCGAGGAUGAGUCUGAAUAAGAAGAGGUCGAGAAUUAUCGCAUUGUUGAUUGGAGAGGAUUAAAUAAAAAUUACAGUAUUAACGAAAUGAAUCAAGGAUUUUGAAUUCCCAUUCGAAAUUUGUUUUUUCGUUUUUGUUCGAUCAUAUCGUCGAGAGAUCAAUGACACUAUUAUAGGCAAGGUAGUAUUAUAAAUAUUAAGACUUUGUAAUUAAAUAUUAAGCUCUUAUCUUGCUUCAAUAAUUCUCAAAUCUAAAA